AUUUCCGACAAUGUUAUUUCACAUUGCUGCCGCGGCCGUGCUGACCAACAUCGCGUUUCUGGAGAUCUACUCGUUCUAUGACAUCCCAGAAGGUCGGGACGUUCAGUACCUGUCAGACGAGAAUCCCCUUCACCGUGUGUUCGUAUAUGGAACACUUAAACGAGGAGAACCCAAUCACAGUUUAAUCCAAGACUUUGCAAAUGGAUACGCCAAGUUUUUGGGACUCGGAAGAACCACCGUGAAGUAUCCAUUGAUAAUUGCAACUAAAUAUAACAUACCGUUUUUAUUAAAGAAGCCUGGAAUUGGUCACCACGUAUUCGGCGAAAUAUACGACGUCGACACAAAGAUGUUAAAAAAGUUAGACGAACUAGAGGAACAUCCGACGUUUUACGAACGAUCACAGGAAAACGUACUCUGGGCUUCAGAGGCCAAGGCUAAAUCGAGCGAUAACUUUGAGGAGGUCAGUACCUUGAUAAAGGUCUGGAUAUAUUUUCUACCAAAAUUCAGGCUGUCGUUACUGGAGAGACCCAUGUACAGCUCGUACAGCAACGAGGGAACUCACGGACUCAAGUAUUGCGAAAAGUAUGUUCGCGAAGCCUCGUACGAUCACAGAAGCGAAGUUCAGUGAUACUUUAUCCCCCGAAAUAUAUUUUAUUCCAGCGAGGAGAGUACAAUAAGGCCGGAAGACCUGCUCUGACCAAGCUGUUUUGCAUAUCUUUGCCCAUUCGUCGUAUGAACGCUUCAACGUUAUACUGUUUUUCGUGGUAGUCUAAUAAAAGGUCGUUCGUCGAAUCAAAUUAAUUAGAAUUUAACCCUCUGCACUCCCAACCUGUGUACUUUAAACGCGCACCAACCAUUUGUCCUCCCACUGUUUCUUUAUUCUCAAACACCUUCAGGACUGCAGAGAGUUAAAUCGUAUCUCAUGUUAAUUACCAUCGCAACGAGUAACAAUUGAAGCGACGUUAUUUCUCUCCGUAAAGCGAAUUAAUCUGUUGAAAAGGCGUUUCAGAGUGUAUAUAAAUCGGACGUCGUGUUUCUUUCUUUUACAAAAGCACCAAAAAAUCUUUGUGUUAACAAUGAAAGAUGCCUCCGUAAAUAUCUAUGUACAUUCUCGAAAAUAGAUCUGUGUAAUUAUAUCUCGUACAAUUACUACUUUGCAAAAAACAGUUUUCAGUUUCUCUUUAUUUCCACAAAAAUGUCGGGCACGAGUAUCGCGAGUUUAUUAUAAUACGUAUGUGUACGUGUGUCUAUGUUUGUAUUAAAAAUAAAAAAGAAAACGAAGAACAAGAAACAGAUGUCGUAAAACAAAUCCUUUUUCGUGUGAUUUCGAGACUCUCUUUUCUUGUUUCCUCACGGUUACUUUAUUAUAUUAUUAAGUUCAUCGUUCGCCACGUUUCACCCCAUCCUCUUUCUCUUUCGCGCACCGCACUCGUUCGCUUCCUCCGUCAUUCUAUCGCUUUCUCUCGGCUUAACAGUCGCGAUAAAAUUAUUUCAACUAUUCUGUAACAAAAGGCAAGCCAAGUCCCACGUCACAAUUGACGAAACGUCGUCUUCAUCGAUCGACUUCUCUCAUACGUUUUCUACUCUCUUUCUUCUCCUCUACUUUCUCACCCUCGACAUUCGAUUUUCCUAUUUACCGGAUCAAGGGACACCAACCCUCUAUUUUCCUACCCAUUCGAAGGGUAGGCUAACAUCGAUCGAAAAAUCACAGAGGGUUGGUAACCUCUGUGCAGUAGACGAAGUCGAUUCGACCAGUUCGUUCGCUUUAGAAAAACAAAAAAAAAAGAAGUACAAAAUGAAUGGACGAUGAAACAAAUUCUCAGUUCUUA